AUGGAUCAUAACUACCAUUUGAGUUUGGAUAAUUCUGGAAAACACGCCAUAUCUGUCGGGCCAUGGGGAGGUCAAGAUGGAUUUCACUGGGAUGAUGGAGUGUACUCCACAGUAAGGCAAUUGGAGAUAGCUCAUGGAGCUGGAGUAGACUCAGUUAGGAUUGAAUAUGAUAGGAAUGGGGCCUCAGUCUGGUCAGAAAAGCAUGGUGGCAAUGGAGGGGCUAAAAUUGACACGGUCAGGCUUGAUUACCCAGAUGAGUUCCUAACUUCAAUUCGUGGACAUUAUGGUAACUUACAAGCAUGGGGAACAGUGUUUGUUCGAUCACUUACUUUCGAAAGCAAUAAAAGAACGUAUGGGCCUUAUGGCAUUGAACAAGGUACUUAUUUUACAUUUCCAACAAGUGGCAAGAUUGUUGGCUUCCAUGGAAAGUGUGGCUGGUACCUGGAUGCUAUUGGUGUUUAUCUGGAGUCUAUUCAUAAACCAAUUGCCUCAAAUUCUAUCGUUCAGUCUCAGUUUUAUGGUUUUCAUCAGACUGAGAAGUAUGAACACACUAUGAUCCAAGGAAGCCUCGGUACAAACUAUGACCUCAUUGUGGCGGUUAGAAACAAGGAUGAUCACAGCAAUUCUCUAGCAAAUCACCCCUCAAGGCAGACUUCUAUUGAGUUCAGCCAUGCAGAACCAAAGAAUGAGAUUGCACAUGUAAGCCCCAACAAAAUUGAGAGAGUCCCCUCUAAAAAUGUUAAAGGUGUUUUGACAUAUGGACCCUGGGGUGGUAAUGGUGGAAACCUAUUUGAUGAUGGAGUCUACGAUGGCAUCAGGCAAAUUAAUUUAUCACUCAAUGUAAGAAUUGUUUCUUUAAGAGUUUGCUAUGAACAAAAUGGGCAAUCUGUUUGGGGAAGCAAAAAUGGAGGCAAUGGAGGAUUUAAAUCGGAUAAGAUUGUGUUGGAUUACCCAUCAGAAAUCUUGACUCACAUAACAGGCUACUACAAACCUACAAUGAUUAUGGGCCCUGAAGUCAUCAAGUCACUAACUUUUCAUACUACGAAGGGAAAAUAUGGCCCCUAUGGAGAAGAAGAAGGGAAGUACUUCUCAACCAAUUUAAAAGAAAGAUCGAUGAUUGUUGGAUUCCAUGGAAGGAAGGGAUUAUUUAUUGAUGCAAUUGGUGUCCAUGUGCUAGAAGGGAAAGAUGUUCCUGCAUCAAGUCCUCCCUCCAAAUUCAGUGACCAUAAUGCGGUCUCACCCACCAAAUCCAAGAACAACAUUCCUACGUCAAAUUCCGCCUCCGUGUCCAACAACCACACUUUAUUGUUAAAAAACAAAGUUGGCAUUCCUCGAUGGUUUUCUAAAGUAGGAAAGCAAGCACAAAUGGGAGAGGUCGUCCAACGACUGCUGAAAGAUCCAGUUCCAUAUGGACCUGGUCCGUGGGGUGGAGAUGGUGGAAAACCCUGGGACGAUGGAGUAUUCUGUGGGAUUAAACAGAUCGUACUAACAAAAACAGAGGCCAUUAUCUGUAUUGAAAUUGAGUAUGAUCGAAAUGGGCAAUCUGUUUGGUCAAUAAAACAUGGUGGCAAUGGUGGACAAGAAUCUAAUCAGAUAAAGUUGGAAUAUCCUCAUGAAGUAUUAACCUGCAUAAGUGGAUAUUAUGGUCCUAUCAGCAAAGACCAAAGAAAAGAAGGCAUAAAAUCCUUGACAUUUUAUACAAGUCGAAAAAAAUACGGUCCAUUUGGUGAAGAGUUGGGUAGUUUUUUCACAUCAAAUACUACAGAAGGCAUGGUGGUUGGCUUUCAUGGGAGGAGCAGCAUGUAUUUGGAUGCAAUUGGAGUUCAUAUGCAAUAUUAUUUAGGAAAUAAAAGAUCAUCUAAGCCCUCAUCUCACAUGAAAAAUUUCGGUUGA